AUGACCGAGAGGCCAAAGAAAGAGCUUCGAGUCAGUCCUUGCAACCUGACUUUCACAGAAGAUAAUGUGUGUAGAAUCCAUCAUCCGCACAACGAUUCCCUAGUGGUGACGAUGACCGUAGCCAACCACAAGGUAUACCGCAUCCUGGUCGACACCGAGAGCUCGGCUGAUAUCAUCUACUUGGAGGCCUUUGAAAGAAUGGGGAUUCCAAGAUCACGCCUCAGACCUGUGAAGACCCCUCUGCAUGGCUUUGCCAGAGAAAGGGUGAUCUCCGAAGGAGCUAUCUCCCUCCUUAAAUGUUAUGCCAUAGCAGUGAGGAAAAGGUCAGGGAAGCAGGCCCUCACCAUCAAUGUCCUUAAUCCCAGGGGACCUACAGAGGAUUCAUCUGUGGAGGACUCAGAGGUUGUACCACUUAAUGAAGAAGAUCCGAGCAAAACCGUUCAGCUCGGGAUGUCAUUGAAUUCCGAGCAACGAUUUGAGAUGUUGGCCUUCCUGCAGCAGCAAAGAGACAUCUUCACAUGGUCAUAUGAGGACAUGCCGGGAAUGUCUCCCGAUGUCAUGGUCCACAGGCUAAAUGUGGACUCAGAUUACAGGCCAGUGAAACAGAAGAGGAGAGCGUUCGAUGCCAAGCGAUAUGCAGCCAUAGCCAAUGAGGUCUCCAAACUCCUCAGCGUUGGCUUCAUCGAGGAGGUGCACUAUCUAGAUUGGAUCGCAAAUGUGGUCCUUGUCAAGAAAGCAAAUAGGAAGUGGUGGGUCUGUGUAAACUACUCAGACCUGAACAAGGCCUAUCCUAAGGAUAGUUUUCCCUUACCUCAGAUCGACCAGCUGGUAGACAGUACAACUGGGCAUGAACUGCUCUCCUUCCUGGACGCCUAUUUUGGGUACAACUAA